GCCCCACCUGAGGGUUCUGGUUCUCCUUCGCCUCCAUCCCUCACCACUGUUUUCUUCCUGGGGGCCUCUUUCCUGCUUCUUUUCUACCAUAGUCCUCUCCUUUUCGCCCCUCAAGGAGUCGGGCUUGGCCUGUAAGGGUAUGGAGACUUCAUUGAUAACCUGAGACUCUUCACCAGGGGAGGAAGUGGUGGAAUGGGCUACCCUCGCUUAGGCGGAGAAGGUGGAAAAGGUGGUGACGUCUGGGUUGUAGCCCAUAACAAAAUGACUUUAAAACAACUUAAAGAUAGAUAUCCUCAGAAACGGUUUGUGGCUGGAGAAGGAGCAAACAGUCGAGUUAGUGCACUGAAAGGCUCCAAAGGAAAAGACUGUGAAAUUCCUGUACCCGUGGGUAUUUCAAUAAAUGAUGAAAAUGGUAAAAUUAUAGGAGAACUCAAUAAAGAGAAAGACAGAAUUUUGGUAGCUGAAGGAGGUCUUGGUGGUAAAUUACUUACAAAUUUCUUACCAUUGAAAGGCCAGAAACGAGUAAUUCACCUUGAUCUAAAACUUAUAGCUGAUAUAGGCUUGGUGGGAUUCCCAAAUGCUGGAAAAUCCUCUUUGCUAAGUAAGAUUUCUCAUGCAAAACCUGCAAUUGCAGAUUAUGCAUUUACAACAUUAAAGCCUGAACUCGGAAAAAUUAUGUAUAAUGAUUUCAAACAGAUAUCAGUAGCUGAUCUUCCUGGUUUAAUAGAAGGAGCACAUAUGAACAAAGGGAUGGGCCACAAGUUCCUCAAGCAUAUAGAAAGAACUAAACAACUACUUUUUGUUGUUGAUGUUUCUGGAUUUCAGCUUUCUUCCCAAACUCAAUACAGAACUGCCUUUGAAACCAUACUACUGCUUUCAAAAGAGUUGGGGUUGUACAGAGAGGAACUUCAGACAAAACCUGCGCUCCUGGCAGUUAAUAAAAUGGACUUGCCAGAUGCCCAAGAUAAAUUCCAUAUACUGAUGAACCAACUCCAGAAUCCUAAAGAUUUUUUGCAUUUAUUUGAAAAAAACAUGAUUCCAGAGAGGACCGUGGAGUUCCAACACAUCAUCCCCAUCUCUGCAGUUACUGGGGAAGGAAUUGAUGAACUAAAGGACUGUAUAAGGAAAUCUCUGGAUGAACACACCAACCAGGAAAAUGAUGCAUAUCAUAAGAAGCAGUUGCUUAAUUUACGUAUUUCUAAUACAGUAUCAUAUAGUGAGCUACCAUCAAAGAAUGCUGUUACUAGUGCCAGAAUAGAUAUAACUUAAAUCUGUUAAAAGUGAUAUUGAAAUUGCGUUCAUUUGGAAGCUUUUCCACAGACAUAUUUUUUAGAAGGUUAGUUGUUACUAACCUGGUGUAUAUGCCAUCAUUCAAGAACCAUACUUUUUAAAGAUGUUUUGUACUUAAGUCUAUCAACAGUAAAAAAAGUAACUGAGGGUUAAAAAUGACAGUUUAUAAUUUUAUGGCCAAUUCACCUAUAAUAAAAUCCUAUAGUAUUCCUGUACAUAUGUCUCUAGUGAGAUCAUUUUUUUAAUUAUAUAAAGGAUUCCUUAUGAGCAACUAGGUUUUGUUUGUUUGUCUUUAAGUCUGUCAUGUACCUGGUUCUACUAAAUAUAUAAUAGUUCUCUUUUUUGGAAAACCUCAAACCCUAAAUUUGAACAUAUUCAGUGAUAAUAAAGACCAUUGAUAAUCAG